AAUGGCAAAAUCUGUAUAGGCAAAAAUCCAGAUUCUUGAGAGAAGGCUAAUUUGGAAAAUGAACUAAAAAAAAUUAGUGAAACAGAUCAAAUCAGAAAGUGCCUGUGACUGAUGGUAACGCGAAAGCAAAAAUCCCAAUACAAACCAGAAGUUUCCUUUCUUCCUUCCUAAACCAGAUAAUCUCUCUCCUUUCCCUGCACCUCUACAAGCUGCCUGCAUCGAACGUUAGGGUUUUCUAGAAGAGGAGCCUCUUCUGGUUCUUCUUCUUGUUUGAAAUUCUCAUUGAUCUGCCUCUUCUGAUCUCUUUAAUUUGUGCUUUCAAAAUGUACGGAUUCGAAGCCCUAACUUUCAACAUCCACGGUGGCUAUCUGGAGGCCAUCGUCAGGGGACACAGAUCAGGCCUUUUCACCGCCGCUGAUUAUAACAAUCUAUGCCAAUGUGAAACCCUUGACGAUAUCAAGAUGCACCUCUCUGCUACCGAGUACGGUCCAUACCUUCAAAACGAGCCUUCUCCAUUGCAUACCACUACAAUUGUGGAGAAAUGCACCCUUAAACUUGUAGACGAGUACAAGCAUAUGUUAUGUCAAGCAACAGAGCCCUUAUCGACCUUCCUAGAGUAUUGCAGAUAUGGUCACAUGAUCGACAAUGUUGUCUUGAUCGUCACUGGAACCUUGCAUGAGAGGGAUGUUCAGGAGCUACUAGAGAAAUGCCACCCUUUAGGCAUGUUUGACAGCAUUGCUUCCCUUGCUGUUGCUCAGAAUAUGCGAGAGCUUUAUAGAUUGGUACUUGUUGACACACCAUUGGCUCCAUACUUUUCAGAGUGCAUCACAUCAGAGGACUUGGAUGACAUGAAUAUUGAAAUUAUGCGGAACACUCUUUACAAGGCAUACCUUGAGGACUUUAACAGGUUUUGUCAGAAACUUGGUGGUGCUACAGCUGAGAUAAUGUCUGAUCUCCUUGCAUUUGAGGCUGAUAGAAGAGCUGUCAAUAUCACCAUAAAUAGCAUUGGCACAGAGCUUACCAGGGAUGAUCGUAAAAAAUUGUACUCUAAUUUUGGCUUACUUUACCCCUAUGGGCAUGAGGAACUGGCUGUCUGCGAGGAUUUAGAUCAGGUUCGUGGUGUGAUGGAAAAAUAUCCUCCUUACCAGUCUAUCUUUUCUAGAUUAUCCUAUGGCGAGAGCCAGCUGCUGGACAAGGCAUUUUAUGAAGAGGAGGUGAAAAGGCUGUGCUUAGCUUUCGAGCAGCAGUUCCAUUAUGCUGUCUUCUUUGCAUACAUAAGGUUGAGGGAGCAGGAGAUUAGGAAUCUGAUGUGGAUAUCAGAAUGCGUGGCUCAGAACCAGAAGUCUAGAGUCCACGACAGUGUUGUCUUCAUAUUUUAGCUGCUUUACAAGCCAUUAGUAAUAAUCACCUGUCCUUUUGCAUAAUUUGCUGUAAAUUUCUUUUGCAUAGACGAUAUGUUUGAUUAUUUUAAGUUGUGGAGAUUGCCCAGCUGCAUCGUUUUCAGGAUCUGUGUUCAAAAUAAAAUUUUUAUUUUUUUUUUAUAUGUUUCCGAGGGAUAAGUCUUGUAUUAAGAUUCAUGAGAUACAUUAUCGUUGUGGAAAUGAAAUGAUCUUGCUUGUUGG